AUGAUAUAUAGCAAAGAUCAGCAGGAUGUUGCUGUGUUUAUCACCUUUGGAAUUAAUAUCAACCUUGCAAGGUAUUGUCCUGCAAAGGUAGAUUCUCUAAUGGAGAAUUCAGUUACGACAUCAGAAGUGAUGAGAUCCAUCCAGAUGGGUCUCGUGUGUGUGCAAGAACAUCCAGAUGAUAGGCCAACAAUGCCCUCAGUUCUUUUGAUGUUAGAUAGUGAGCAACCUUCAGUGCCUCAACCUAAGCAAUCUGGUUCUUACACUGAAAGAUUUCUUACUGAAUCCAUUUCAUCAUCAACUAACGAAAUGCCACAACAGCAAGUUAAAUAA